CACCAGCGCCCCCCAUUUCUUGCUCCACAAUACGAAACCAGGCGCGGCUUGAAGAGCCUUCUAGAAUUUCCGCCACCUCAUACUUUUUGUUGCAAGACAUUGAAAACAGAUCGACAGUCGGACACAUUUUCUGUGUCUCUGCCGUUGAAGUGGGCGUAGAGAAAAGUUUGUUUCGGUGGGUAGGGGGGUUGUGUUGAGAGCGGAUGAUGGCGAGUGUGGAGGAGCAGGCGAUGGCGGGGACGAAGGAGGAGAAGGACUUGAAGAAGAACUCGUCGUAUAGGUACUGGGUGAGGGGGAAUCUGACGGGCGCGGCGCCGAAGCCUGUACCCCAGAGGCUGACGUCCGAAGAGGUGGCGGGGAAUGGGAAUGUGAAGUCGACGACGGUGGGAUCCAUGUGGAAUCAUGCGGGGACGUGGGAGGAGAAGGUGUUGAGCUCCUGGGCGGGGAGCCGGGUGAAGGAGCUGCUGCUCACGGUGGAGCCCGUGGAGUUCGAGGAGGGCACGGCCAAGGUCGCGGAGGUGACAAGCUGUAGCGGCGAUGCGUCGCUGGUCACAGUGCGGCAGAGGAAGCGGAUAGGUUACACGUUCGAGAUUGAGAUGAAGUAUGCGAUCAACAUGAAGCCCGGGGCUCAGAAGAAGGCUGUUGAAGGCAAGAUGAAGGUGCCUGAGGCUUGCUAUGGCGAGCUCGACGAUCUGGAGUUACAAGUCACCAUUAGUCCUUCCGAUGUCACGGAUUCGGCGCAGAGGAAGAGGGUCACGCAAACGAUGACGAAAUUGUUCUUGCCCAAGAUACGGCGCAAGCUCGAGGAGUUUGAGGCGGAGUUGAAGGAGAGGUGAUGCGUGCGGGGGUUUAGCGGCCAGCAGAGUAAGCGCUACUCUGCGGAGGCCAUUCAUUCUUUCGUCCUUCCCCUCUUUCUUCAUCAAAACAUCCGCCUACAGACCUUGCUCUUGAUUCCUUCAACAACUUCUAUCGAGAAAGUGAAUGAUGUUGCACAAUAUGGGUGUCGCCGCUGCGAAUCUCCUCGUGGUCGCAGAGCAUGCCGUCCGACAAAGAAUCGUUACCCAUGAUCUGCCUGAAAAGUCUUCGGUGUUAGCUCAGUAGCUUGCAUUCCUUAAUUUUUUGUGUUGGUCUGCCAUGCUGUGGCUGAUCUCGACCAGGUCACACUGCCUUAUUCUCGAGGAGAACAGUAGUUUUGCGGAAGAGAGUGGCUUCCUGAAGCUUAUAGGAUUAUAAUCCAGAGGCAGAAAUUUAUUAUGGUUGGUUUGUAUCUCCGACCAGGGCAGGAAACACCAUAGUUACUUAGGCUUUAAGAGAACUGCAAGAAAACCACAUGGAAAAACGAUGAUGGUAAUGUUACAUAAUUGCUUCAAUUUUAAGUACUCAUCUUAUGUUGCUUAGGAAC